AAGUCAACCGGAACCGACGUAGCUCAAUUCAGCUUAUCUCAAUAUGAAAGCUCAUUUAUUGGAAAUUUUGAUACUCUUAAUUGGAUUCACAUACAUCCAUGCAGGAAACUUCUUGACCGAGAAACCUGAUGUCCUCGAAUCCUGCUCCUUCGAUAGUCCGAAAUUCAAGGAAUGUUUAAUUAGUAACCUUCAAGUGAUCUUCAUUAACUGGACUCAUGGGCUGCCAGGUUCAAACAUCAUUGGUCCCGUGGAUCCGUUCACCAUAAAACGAUUGAUUUUAUCUAGAUCAUCUCCGAGUGAUGACAGCAAUCCCGUAAAUGUCGACACAGAUGUGCGAAAUGUUCUUGUCAGCGGUGUUAGCCAGGCAAAAAUCGUGGAUGUAAGUUAUCUUCCAAAGAACAAUAAAACCGAAGUUCUUCUCUGGAUUCCAAAGAUAAACAUUGAUUUCGACUAUAGUGUUAAGGGCAAUGUUGGCGGCCGAAAACUUGAUGAUCAUAGCAAGGGUCAUGUAAAAAUAGAAAAACUGUUGAUCGCUUUUGAUGUUGACAUAGCAUCCCUAGUCACACCCAAAGGUAACUUUAUCGAUGUGCAACAUGUCAGCGUAAGUUUCAGAGAAAUCGGGAAACUGAAAUUCAAAGUGAAUAAAUUAUUUGGAGGCGACAAAUAUCUAGAAAAAUUAACCCAUGAUUUUAUUAAUGAAAACUGGGUUGAAUUCUACAUAAGCUGGAGGCCAAUCAUCGAAUAUGUCAUCGAGACGAUGGUUUUUCUACGCUCAAGAAAAAUAUUUAGUUAUAUACCAGCAGAAUAUCUGAUUGAUAACUAUGCAUUGCUCGAAUCGUUAUUGUCUAAUGUACUUGUGCCCUGUUCUUUGGAUGAUCCAAAUAUUAGCAAUUGUCUUGCCAAAAGUCUCCAGGACAUCUUCGUCAAUUGGGCAGAUGAAAUACCUGGAAAGGAUGUUUUUGGACUUACGGAUCCAUUCACUCUUGACAACUAUAUUGAGACAAAGGAAAUUUCAGGGUUCGAUGGCAGACCCAUUACUAUUCACAAUGAAUUUUUGAACUUUUCUGUAAGUGGUUUGAGUCAGGGAAUUAUCAGCGCAGCCAGUUACCGAGAGGGUUUUGCAUCAGCUUCAUUGGAUAUUCCAAAGUUAAUCCUAAAUUUCGAUUUCAAGGCCACAAUUGAGGACGCCUCUGACCUGGUAGCCUGCUCGUUAGAAGAUGCCAAGUUUAACGAAUGUCUUGUCAAAAAUCUUCAAACUAUAUUUAUCAACUGGAAAGAUGGGAUCCCUGGUUCAGAUAUAGUCGGUCCCAUAGAUCCAUUCACUAUUAAAUUUGAUAUUUGGACCAAAGUAUUAAACAAUGAACUAUUCAGCAAAUUCUUGGGUAAUGGAACAGACUUUAAAGAUAUUGUCGUUAAAGGAAUGAGUCAAGCAACUAUUACGGAGGCUAGUUAUGAUCCUACCAAAUAUGAAGCGAAGGUUGUUUUUAAGAUUCCAAAGCUGAUCUUUCAUGUCGACUACAAAUUGACGAUUAGUGGAGGUGUUAAUAAUUUACAAAUCAGCACUAAAGGCUCUUCCAGCUUAGAAUUGGGCGACUUAUUAUUGGAGUAUAAGGUGACUCUCAAGCCGCGUGUUACACCCGAAGAUACAUUCUUCGAUGUCCUACAGCUAGAAGGCGGUAUCAAAAAAGAGAUAGAUGCCAAAGACGAUCUACAUAAUUCGGAUUUGAAAGACGAUGCCUACGAUGCUUACUGGAGGGAAUGGUUCAAGAGUUUUAAAAUCUUUUUUGAACCGACAGCUGAGUCGUUGUUGCUUGAACGGGUCAAAAAGAUAAGUAGCAGCCCGAUUCAAACGAGGCGCAGACACCCGGAAGCAGUCGAGAUGAAUGCAACUCAGAAGAGUAGCAAUCCUUUUUGCCUUUUUUACGGCUUAUUGGCAAUCCUUUUGUGCAAUGACGUCGUUGGUGUCGAGUACUUCACUGAGAAGCCAUCGUUUUUGCCCUCAUGUCGCAUUAAGGAUCCCGAAUUUACAACAUGCUCGACAAACAGCAUUCAGAAAUUAAUUGAUCAGAUGAACAUCGGUAUACCAGAGUUGCUAAAGACAUUUGGUUCUUUGGAUCCUAUGCGGAUCAGGGACAUUAUCUUCAAACAGGAUAACAAUAAUGUAGCCACACUUAAUUGUAAUCUAACCGAUGUACAUAUCAAAGGCUACUCGAAAAUGAAGAUUAAGGAAGCACGUGUGAGCAAAAAGGACUUCAGCUGGCAAACGAAGAUCUUUUUGCCCAAAACACGACUGGAAUCUAAAUAUAAAAUGGAAGGUCGUAUUCUAGUGAAACCGCUGAGUGGAUCAGGCAACAUGGUCAUGGAAGUCGAAAAUCUUAAUGUUAUAAUGCUAGCCAAAACGCAUCUCUAUGAGAAGGGUGGCUUCACUUUCUACAACAUUACUUCUAUAAAAACUAAACUGAAUAUGACACGUAUUUACACUAACAUGGACAAUCUUUUCAAUGGUCGCGACAAGGAAAUUGAGCGUAGUACGAACGAGUUCUUCAAUGAAAAUUGGCGUGAAGUCUAUGAAGCAUUCCGCCCACUGAUUACUGAAACUGUAGAGACCGUACUAAUGGAACUUUUAUCCUCUGUAUUUAGUCUUAUACCCGCCAACUAUUUUAUUGAGGAUAUUCCUACACCCAAGCAAUUAUACGGAGAUAAGGGUAAUGAGUAAAAGAAAUAAAUUGCAAUUAUCUGAGGUACAUUUUCUAAAUAUUUUAAAUCUUACUAAUUUGCCAUUAAAAUUGUUUAAGUACUUUCAGCAGAAUAAGAUGCUCUCAAAAAGAAAACCAAACAUACAUGAGUAAAAGUAUUUAUCAAAAUUUAUUAAAUUUAAUUUAAAUUGUCAUACAUUUUAUAGUGCAAAAUAUAUUGUCAUCAGAUAUCUUUUUGGAUUUUAUACUAUACUAUGCAAUGUAGUAUAAAAAGGUCAAGCGGAAUAGCAAUUAGUAGAGAUAUAAUAUACUAUUAUAUACCCGUAAAGAACACAUAUGUGUAAUUAUUAAAGUGGAAGGUUGAACACUGCUGAGUCAGAACUUUGUAGAACUUGAUUUGAAUUGCAUGCAUACAUAUAGAACCUUUAUAAGCAAAA